GAAAAACUUCUUUGGUUAAACAUUAACAUGAGUUUUUAAUGUGACUUUAACCCUGAGGAACAGCGGAAGAAGACAUCAGGCCAAGAUCUCAUAUAAAGUGGUGAAAAUGAGUGAUAUAGAUGAUGACAGUGAAGUUUCCUUCUCAGUUAAAUUUUUGGGUCGUGUCCGGGUGGUCCAUCCAGGUGGGAUGCAAAUACUGACAAAUGCAGUGCAGAAUCCUAAUAAAGAGGUGGAUGAAAAAAUGAAGAAAAAUAAAAAUAAAGUUCAUCUGUUUCUGAGCAGGAGUGCCAUUGACAUACUGGAACAUAAAACAAAGUUCAUGAUGUACACGUGCCCCCUGGCAUCCAUCUCAUUCUGUGCAGUUCAUCCGACCCAGCCCAAAAUCCUUGGCUUUGUGGCCAAACACCCUGCGUCGGACGUCUUCCACUGCUACAUCUUCCAGAGCAAGAAGUUUUCUCAUCUGCUGGUGUCCGUUAUUGGUGAUGCUUUCCAGGCCUGUAAACAGAAUGAAAGUCUAGGAAGUGAUCGUGAUCUUGUGGUGGAGGCUCUGAGGCACAAGAAUAAGAUACUGCAGCGUGAGAACGCUGAGCUCAAGAGAAGACUUGGAGGAGAAAAUGCCGAUGGAGUACAGAACAUUUAUGAAAAGGAUUUAGACACUGAUAAAAUCUCGUCUAAUUCAGGGCAGUCCACAUCACAGGUGAGAUUCUUCUCAGAGGAUGAAAAACUUCCUUUAAAAAGAAAUUUCUGAGUAGAAACAAAUAAACUUUGUUGGAGAAACUA